AUGGGUCGUGUUAAACUUGAGAUAAAAAGAAUAGAGAAUACAACGAAUCGACAAGUUACAUUUUCAAAACGUAGAAAUGGUCUCAUUAAGAAAGCUUAUGAGUUAUCUAUCCUAUGUGAUAUUGAUAUUGCACUUGUAAUGUUUUCUCCAUCAAAUCGUCUUAGUCAUUUUUCCGGUAAAAGAAGGAUAGAGGAUGUUUUAACUCGUUAUAUUAAUCUUCCUGAUCAAGAAAGAGAUAAUGCUGUAAGUUUUCCUGAGGUGCCAUACAGAAGGGGAAUUCAGAACAAGGAGUAUUUGCUCAGGACACUUCAACAGUUGAGGAGUGAAAAUGACAUAGCUCUUCAUAUGUCCAAUCCGGGAGACAUUAACUCUGAGAUUGAGGAACUCCAACAAGAAGUCAGUAGAUUACAACAACAACUUCAAAUAGCAGAGGAGCAGAUAAGAAUAUAUGAACCCGACCCAUUAAAGAUGACAUCUAUGACUGAGCUUGAAACAAGUGAAAAAAAUAUAGUUGAAACAUUGGCACGUGUCAUGCAGAGAAAGGAACUUUUGUUGAACAACCAUUUAUCUUCGUAUGAUCCAUCUGGUAUUCAGGGGAUGUCAAGCACUUUCGAAAAUGUAGGUUGGCUACAGGAUGGUAGUCAGAACCAUCAAAAUAUUUUUGAUGCAUCAGCUCCUAUGGAUCCUCUCAGGGAUUUGUCCUCUACAGUAUACGGUUCAUUUUCACAAGGAACCAGUUCAAACGUUGAUCCAAGAGGCAUAGGUGAAUGCCACGUGGCAAAUACAAACGACUCAAAUCUUCAAACAUGGCCACAAGGAUACACAUUAUAUCCACAUCAUCAACAACAUCAACAUCAACAACAUCAUCAUAUGCAACAUGACAUGGUUGGAACUGAUCAUCAUCAACAUCAUCAUCACCAUAAUAUUCAAGAUAUGAUGCCACAUGGACAAAUGAAUAUGCCUAUCACUGCCUCACAAGUUGAACCACCCAAAAAUGAAUCAUCAGAUCAAUAUGAUCAAUGUAAACAACCUAAUCAUCAGCUUAAUUCAUGCUCAAUGACACAUACUAAUUAA